CCCUCUUUUUCACUCCCCAGCUCCUCUUCUGUGUGUCCUCCCCGGUUGUGGAAACACUGCAGCCGGCUGGACCGUGUCUGGAUCCCUCUCCUGUACUGAGCUGCUCAAGACCCUCCUACUGGCUGUGUCAAAGAAGGAGGAGGUAUCCUGCUCUGCUCCCAGCCCUGGACGAGCCCCCUUUAUCGCCCUGUCAGUGUGGAGCAGAAGGGGAGAGAGAGGGUGAGUGAGAGUGAGAGAGAGAGUGAGCAACUGUGUGACAGAGGGAAAGAGAAUGAGGCAGGCUGCUUAGUGGAGUGAGAGAGCCAAGGAAGGAAUAAGGAACACAUUUUACAAGACCAGGAAGAAGGAGGAUCGCAGACAAGGGACUCCUUCUCCACUGGACAUUUGGGACACAGUGUGUCUUCUAACUGGGACCGAGUGGAUUGACUACCCAACUGGUGGAUUUUCUUAUUUCCCACAUGUGGCACGUUAUUUUGGAACUGGGACUCUUAUCCUCUGUUAUUGGAUCUCUUGCUGGCUUCACUGCAACAAACUGAGGUUGCUCUUUGCCUGCGAUCGCCUCUCGUGUUGCCACUCUGCACAAAGUGCAUCUGUCGGUGCCUGUGCUGAGGCGAUCUCCCUCUGUCAAACAGGACGGCUCCCAUCUAUUGCCGGAUCACACUAACAGGAGAGAGAGCGUGUAUGUAAGAGGCAGAACGGGAGAGAGAGAGAGGCGGCUUAACAGUGUGUUUGAGAGAAGCAGACGAAAGACUGUCGUGAAAGCAGCUGAAACACAGAAGUGAGCCUCUGCGUCCUUUCCCAUUUUCCUUGCCAUCCCUUUCUUUCUCCUUUCCUCCUCCUCCUCUUCCUCUCCCAUUCUCUAACACUCACAGGACUGCCAGAAGCCACGCUUACCUGCACCUUUUCAAUGCUUCUCUUCACCCCCUACCCCCCGUCCUCCUCUGUCUCACCUCUAUCACACGUUACCAUCUGAUACCAGCCGCCGACGGACACGCUUGCUCACGGGUUUUGGCACUUGUGGGAAUAUCUCAAUCGAUCCACCAGUGAGAGGCAGAGUGCCCACCCGACAUCUGAGGCUCCGGAAGCUUUUGCCCGGAGCUUCCAAAUCAGAGGCAGACCACCGUUCAGGACGCUGCCUUCUCCCUCGAGGACCAGCAAGUGACAAGGUGGUGCGCACAGGACAGAAAGGAAACGCACGCUUGUUUUGCUGCCUCUUUCCCAUUGCUAGCUACUUGGCUGCUCCCGCCCUCUGUCACCAUUCCCUGCCUCAUUGCUAAGGAUUCCAGCUACAUGGGCAAGCGUUUGGAGCAGCAGCCAAUGUACCCUCAGUACACCUACUACUACCCCCAUUAUCUCCAGACCAAGCCCUAUGCUCCACCCCCACAUCCCAUGGCUCCUCCCAGCCCCAGCUCCAGCUCCAACAGCUGCAGCCAGGGAGGGGCAGAGCAGCUGAGUAAGACCAACCUGUAUAUCCGAGGGCUGCCACCUGGGACCACAGACCAGGACCUUAUCAAGCUCUGCCAACCGUAUGGAAAAAUAGUAUCAACCAAGGCCAUUCUGGAUAAGAACACAAACCAGUGCAAAGGUUACGGCUUUGUGGAUUUCGACAGCCCGGCUGCGGCGCAGAAGGCCGUGUCAUCGCUUAAAGCCACCGGGGUUCAGGCCCAGAUGGCCAAGCAACAGGAGCAAGACCCAACCAACCUGUACAUCUCCAAUCUGCCAGUGUCCAUGGAUGAGCAGGAGCUGGAGAACAUGCUGAAGCCCCUCGGUCACGUCAUCUCCACAAGGAUACUGAGGGAUGCCAAUGGGGUCAGCAGAGGGGUCGGCUUUGCCAGGAUGGAGUCCACAGAGAAAUGUGAAGUAGUGAUCCAGCAUUUCAAUGGAAAGUACCUGAAAACUCCGCCGGGCAUUCCAGCUCCCACGGAGCCUUUGCUGUGCAAAUUUGCUGACGGAGGUCAGAAGAAACGCCAGAGCCAGAGCAAGUAUCCCCAGAACGGGAGGCCGUGGCACAGAGAAGGCGAGACUGGCAUGGCGCUAACAUAUGAUCCCGCUGCAAUGCAGAAUGGGUUUUACUCCUCGCCUUACAGCAUCGCCACCAACCGCAUGAUCGCACAGACCUCCAUCACGCCCUUCAUCGCUGCUUCCCCCGUUUCCACGUAUCAGGUCCAGAGUACAUCAUGGAUGCCUCAUCAACAAUAUGUUAUGCAACCUACAGGUGCAGUGAUCACGCCAGCUAUGGACCACUCGAUGUCCAUGCAGCCUGCCAGCAUGAUGGGCCCCCUCACCCAGCAGAUGAACCAUCUGUCCCUGGGCACUACAGGAAGUUACAUGACUGCUGCAGCCGCCGCGGCGCCUAUGCAAGGGACCUACAUUCCCCAGUACACUCCUGUGCCUCCAACAGCCGUCGCUGUCGAAGUAAGACCCACACGCUUGAACAUGGGAGUGGUGGCGGAUGCCUCCCCCCAGACGGUGGCUCCCUCAUCGCAGGAGGUGGCAGGUCAGCAGCAACAGAUCCAGGUGGACAGCGCUGCCGACCAUGUUCCCGCUUACUCAUACCAGUCCAAAUAGCGACGGCCUGAGAGAAUGUUCCUGUGACAGCGUUGCCUUGAGACAGAAGGUGGCUGCACUGUGAAUGCAAGGAAAAGAGGAAAGAAAGAGAUUGCUUCCAGAUUGCCCAGGCACCAAAAAAAAGAGACAAUUUUUUCAUUUCCUACCUGGUCUAUGAGAAAGAGAGAGGGGGAAAAAGACGUAAGGAGGAGGCUGAGGAAGGGGAUGGGGGAAUUACUGGGCACAGUGCAAAGAAGUGUUUUUUUGUUUUGUUUUGUUUUUUUUUAAGUCUGGAAACCUGCCUAAAGGGCUGGUCUGAAGCUUGAAAAGUUUCUCAAAGAAAAAUUGUCAACCAUCAAAAAAGGAAAAAAAUUACAAAAAAAAGGUUGAAUGUGCAGGCAGGUGGUGAAGUUUAUUUUAUAAUUAGAAAAAGGGGGGAGCUGAGUUUGAGAUACAGAGAUUGUCUUCCUCAGAUAUUAAGCUACAGUUUCUUUUCACUUUUUUAUGUUAUAGUUUAAAAUUUUACUUUUCUAGAUAUAUUCAAAAACAAUGUGGGUUUUUUUUCCUUCGUUUCUGUCUUUCUUAAAUCUUCAUGGCCUUAAUUUGAAGGGCGCCAGAAACUUUUUACAAAGUGUGACGUCUGAUUCCGAGGAAAAACAAAACAAAACAAGCAAAACAAAACAAAAAAA